GAAAGGGGUCAGCUGAUUUGAAUUGCACUGUCGUUCAACCACAGAAAUUCGGAGCGAUUUUUUGCGUUUAAAAGCGAUAUUGUCCGAACUGUACGAAUUGUAUGGAUGUGGUAUUAGUUUUUUUUAAAUCAGAGGCCAUUAUUUGCUAACACAAACUGUCAGUACUGUUGUUUGCAUACCACUAAACGCGGAGAAAAGAGGAAAUCAUUUUUACACCUCUCUCUCGAGAAAUGGUAGUGCAAUUACGAUCUUUGUAGAUAUUUGACCAUUUUGUUCAUUUCAAGACCUGUAUUAAUAGAUCCAUGGCUUCAAUACUUGAUGAGUAUGAGGAUUCGCAGAGCAUCCGACACUCCAUGCAGAAAACUACCCGCCUCUCUGCCUCCAACAUCGGAAUUACUCAUUCAGGAUUUGUGAAUGCCAGGUUGGAAGAAGAGAAGCCAAUAUUUAACAAGCAAAGAAUUGAUUUCUCUCCUCCUGAGAAGAUUAACCAUUUUGCAGUCUGUAAUAACCAACUGUGUAUGAGUCUUGGGAAGGACACUUUGCUGAGGAUUGAUCUUGGGAAGCCUGAUCAACCUAAUCAAGUUGAACUUGGACGUAAAGAUGAAGCUAAAGUACACAAACUCUUCCUUGAUCCUACAGGUGCCCAUCUGGUGAUCAGUCUGACGUCAAGCGAGUGCCUCUACCUAAACAGAAAUACCCAGAAAGUGCGAAGUUUGUCUCGAUGGAAGGGGCACCUAAUAGAGAGCAUUGCUUGGAACAAGCUACUGGGUACAGAGACCAACACGGGCCCCAUCCUAGCUGGCACUACCCAGGGGCUGAUCUUUGAGGCCGAAAUUUCAGCUUCGGAAGGAGCAAGCCUUUUCAACACGAACCCGGACCAGUAUUUCCGACAGGUGCACAUGUUGGAAGAAGACGGCAAGCCGGCCCCUGUUUGCUGCUUGGAGAUUGACCGCGGGUUUGAAUCAAAGUACUUUAUCAUUGCCACCACCCGCAAGCGCCUGUUUCAGUUUGUAGGGAAGGUAGCGGAAGGUGCCGAGCAGCAGGGCUUCAGCUCUAUUUUCAGUCAAAAUCAGGACCACUUUCCCAGCUUUCAGGAGUUCCCAGUAAGCAUGGGCUACAGCGAGAUUGCAUUUUACACCCCCAAGCUACGCACCUCCCCAAAAUCCUUUGCCUGGAUGAUGGGGAAUGGAGUGUUGUAUGGGAAUCUGGACUAUGGACGCCCCGAUUCUCUGCUGAGUGAUGUGGAGGUUUGGGAAUAUACCCCUGAUAUUGAUUUCAAAUUCAACAAGCCCAUAUCAAUUGUCCUGACACAGUUCCAUUUUCUCCUUCUCCUGCCGGAUCGUGUGAAGGCUGUCUGCACUUUGAAUGGGCAGGUUGUUUACGAAGAUGUCUUUCCGGACAAAUUUGGGCCAUUGAAAAGGAUGAUUAAAGAUCCCGUGGGCAGUCUGGUGUGGAUAUACACUGAAAAGGCGGUUUUUCGCUAUCACAUUCAAAGAGAGGCGCGAGAUGUCUGGCAAAUGUACAUGAGCAUGAACAAGUUUGACAGGGCUAAAGAGUACUGCAGGGAUAGGCCUGAAUGUAUGGACAUUGUCUUGGCCAAAGAAGCAGAGCAUUGUUUCCAGAAUAAGAAAUACCUGGAGAGUGCAAAGUGCUAUGCCCUUACACAGAACUAUUUUGAAGAGAUUGCACUGAAAUUCAUUGAAGCCAAACAGGAGGAAGCCCUCAAGGAGUUCCUUAUAAAGAAACUCAGUAUCCUUAAGUCCAGUGAGAAGACCCAAAUCACCCUGCUGGUUACAUGGCUGACUGAACUGUACCUCAACAGGCUGGGGAUUCUUGAAGGAGAUGAAUUGAAACGUGUCACUUUCUUGGAAGCAAGAGAAGAGUUCCGCAAGUUCCUAAGCAGUCCCAAAAACAAAGAAUGCCUGUACAACAAUAGAACCACCAUAUAUGAUCUGUUGGCCAGCCAUGGUAAUGUAGACGACAUGGUGUACUUCUCCGUCAUCAUGCAGGACUACGAACGAGUCGUCUCCCACUACUGCCAGCAUGAUGACUAUGAGGCAGCACUGGAUGUGUUGUCGAAGCACGCAGACGAGAAACUGUUCUAUAAGUUCUCUCCCGUUCUCAUGCAGCACAUCCCGAAAAAAGUUGUGGAUGCUUGGAUCAAGAUGGGGAAAAAACUAGAUGCCAAGCAGCUCAUCCCUGCUCUGGUUAAUUACAGCCAGAUUGGCAGCACGGAGCAAAUUAACGAGACCAUACGCUACAUGGAGUUUUGUGUGUAUGAAGUGACUGUGACAGAGGAGGCAAUCCACAACUACCUCCUGUCCCUUUAUGCUAAAUACAAACCUGAAUGUUUGCUCUGGUAUUUGGAGCAGGCUGGAACUCACUCUAGUGAAAUCCACUAUGAUCUGAAGUAUGCUCUGCGUCUGUUUGCGGAGCACGGCCAUCGCCAGGCCUGUGUUCACGUUUAUAAGAUAAUGGAACUUUAUGAAGAAGCUGUGGAUCUGGCACUGCAAGUGGAUGUAGACCUGGCCAAGUCAUGUGCAGAUCUGCCAGAAGACGAUGAGGAGCUGAGGAAGAAACUUUGGUUGAAGAUCGCCCGUCAUGUGGUUCAAGAGGAAAAAGAUGUCAAGAAAGCCAUGAACUGCCUGUCCAGCUGCAAUUUGCUGAAGAUUGAGGACAUUUUGCCUUUCUUCCCUGACUUCGUCACCAUCGACCACUUCAAGGAGGCCAUCUGCAACUCCCUGGAGGAGUACAACAAGCACAUUGAGGAGCUGAAACAAGAGAUGGAGGAAGCCACAGAGAGCGCCAAGCGGAUCCGAGAGGACAUCCAGGAGAUGAGGAACAAGUAUGGUGUGGUGGAGUCCCAGGAGAAAUGUGCCGCCUGCGAUUUCCCCCUGCUCAACCGCCCAUUCUACCUCUUCCUCUGCAGCCACAUGUUUCACUAUGACUGCCUCUUGCAAGAGGUGAACCCUCAUCUGUCCACUUACAAGCUAACCAAACUAGAGGAGCUCCAGAAAAAGCUGUUGGCUACGAGCCAGCCCACCAAAGCCCGGCAUCGGCAGAAGGAGGAGGACACCAUUAGCCUUGGAAAAGGGCAGCCGAGUCGAGAGCAGAUCAAGUCGGACAUUGACGAUAUAAUAGCUGCUGAGUGCGUGUACUGUGGGGAGCUGAUGAUCAAAUCCAUUGACAAGCCGUUCAUUGACCCACAAAAGUAUGAAGACGAAAAAUCAAGCUGGCUGUAAAAAGUGGAAAAGGGUGUGAUUUGAAAUGGAUAGCUAAAAGACUGGAGAAAAAGAAAAGCUCACUGUAAAAGUUUGUCAGUUACCUUUCUGCUUGGUAUUUGGUGACAGCUAAACAGGAGUAGCUAAUCUGCUAUUGCUGCACUGCAUGUAAAUUCAGCCGAAGUUGUAAAAGAAUGUUAUUAACAAUGUUUAGCUGUUGCAUCUAAUGGUACUGGCAUAGCUCCCUUACCUGUUUUAACCUUGGAGUGCAUCCUUUAGGUUUCAGUGUAGCGGUUUUCCCUUAGUGUUCCAUUAAUGCCCUCAUUCUGUUCACCAUUUUAUGCUUAGCUUAUCUGAAUCGAUGCAACUCCAAAUAUUUCUUUUAUGCUUAAAAUGUAUUUGUGAGUGCCACCAGUAUGAAGUGACUGUGGUUUGUAAUCAGACCUGCAUUUGUAUCUUGUAAUUUAGAUACGAAGACCGAUUUGUUGUAGGAUGAGCAUCUGGCAAAAUUCAGAUCCACUAAAUCCAAUCCAGUUUUAAAGCAUUUAGUUUAAUGCUGUGAGUAAUCCACAGCUGAUCAGAAUAUGAUUUAAAGUGUUAUUUUUGCUAUCCUUGUUAUUGCAUUACUAUUCUUAACAUCUAUGAUCAAAGAUGAAAUAAUUAUUGCCUACAGAGUGACCUCUUACUUAUAAGCGAUGCACUACUCCUUUAAAUAUUGUAUUUUCAUUAUGAGACAAAUCUGAUCUUAUGUGGACAUGUUCAGUUGACUUUUUUUAAUACAUAUUGCUUCAUACUCUUUGUAAAACAACGCCUCAAGCCUUGUUUUUUUGUUUAAGAUCUUUUGAUUUUAUAAAAUGUACUUUGUUCCCAGCCCUAUUUUUAGAAAAUAAUGUUUGGAGACUUAAUUUAACAAAGUUAUGUGCAAACUCUAAAACUAAUUCACCUUGCCGAUUAAAGAACAUGAUGCAUCUUGGUAAUCAGCCCUUCUACUGUAUUUUUAUUUUAAGAACAAAAGACAAAUUACUAAUGGGAGGAGCCCAUUUGGUCCAUUUGGCAGAUAGUAUAAGGUUAACCAUAAGGUCACAGCAGAAUGGUUGGGUAGCUUGUUCCAUACACCCACAACCCUUUGUGUAAGGUUGCUCCUGUUUAGAGAUUUGCGUGUGCAUCCAUGUAGUUUCCACUUCGACGUGACUGUUAAUUCUUAAGAAGCUCUAUGAGUUAACUUUGUCAAUGCCUCGGAAGAUUAUGAACCUUUUAACUCGAAGGAUAUUUAAAAGAUAUAUUUUUAGUAUUAAUGGAAAGCCGAAUUAAUGAAGGCAUGCAAGACACUGUAAUGUUUUUUGAAGCAGACUAAACCAAUUAAAACUAAUAUGUCCUUCAUUCACAAGACCUUGUUUUUUCCAGGACUUUAGGUGAAGCUAUGCUGCAUAUAUUUUCCACCAGAAUGUUUACAUAAAAUGACCUGGAGGUAGCCCAUAUGAUUUGUAUCCAAUGAUUCAUUCAGUUAUUAUAAUUACUAAUACUUAAAUGAAUCACUGGCAGUAUUAAAGGUUAUAUCUCAGACUUCUACAAACCUACAGUUGUCUGUAUUUAAAGUUUUUAUGAUACGUGGCUUGGUUAUUUCAGUUGUAUAAAAUAUUUACAUAGCAUAAAAAGAAAGAGCUACUUUCAUCAUGACAAACUUGUGAUUUUCCAGGCAGCUUUGGAAGUAUUCUGUGAUGCAGCUUAUUUAAUUUAAACCAUCAGAUAAAAAGGUACAAACCUGAAAGGUGUACAGAAUAUUUUGUCUCUUUUGAAAUUUCAAAAAUAUCUGAAAAAAUGAGUGCCCAAUUCACAGCACAAAGAGAGGAACACCAUCCUUCAGAGAUUUGUAUUUGUGUAUUCUAGGCUUUUAGUAAGAUACAUUUUGAGAUACUUUUUAAGACACGUGUUGCCAAAUGUUUUUGAAAUACAAUCAUAAUGAUUUACUGCUUUAGUUUUAGUGUUGUUGGCAAUGGUUGUAGUUAUGUGUUAAGUCUGUAAUAACUUUUCUCAGCUUAGUAAAAGUGAAAGAUUUUAAGGGAAUUCCUCAUUUUUCUGAUGAGCAAAAGCCCUCGUUUCGAUAAAUGUUAUAAUUUACAACUCCUUUUACACAGUUAUCCAUACAUUAUAUUACAAAUGGCUUUCGCAUGCCUUAUAAGGCUACUGUGAAAGGCAUUCAGCUUGAUGUGAUUUAAAGAACAAGACAUCCUGUAUAUUUUUGGAGACCAUUGACUUAUUACAUCACUUUCAAUUUUGUAUAGUUUUAAAAUGGAAAAAAAAUAUUUGUGCUAAAAUGUUAAAGUUAAGAAAUGGUAAGAGGGUGAUAGCAUUUCUUUGUUUUAUUUGUAUAGCCAUUUUAUAUGAAGUAGUUUAUGAUUACAGAUUAUCGCAAAUCAUUUGAUUAUCGCCGUUCUGCAAGUGGCACACAAAAGAGGUGAGAUAUAUUUACUAGUGUACUGUAGAGUGUUGAUAUGGUAUUAUUGCCAGUUGCCAGUGUUUCAUUUAUGAGAGCUGCACAGUUUCAUGGGCUUUAGGCAUUCGUUUGCUUUGGCUGAUAAGUACCACCUCUGAAAAACCUAAUGAAAGUGGAAAUUGCUUAAACAUUGAAUUGUAUUUCAGAUGAGGUCUUAAAGGACUUAAUGCUACUCAUUAAAACUUUUACAGGAUGUGGUCUUGAACUGUAUUUAUGUGUGAGUAUAAAUAAACAAUGGAAAAGUACACAAAUUCAAAACUGUAACAUUGCAGGCAAAUUAGAAAUAUAGUAUUGGAUGUGAAUACAGCUAAAUCUCUAAACUGAAGCAACAUUUUCUGUGAUUACAGCUGAAUAGAAAUUGUAAAUGAAAAUUGCCGCCCAUUAACUUAAUUUUCUCUUUUAAUAUACUGUACAAUACCAAGCGAGUAAAACUAGGGAGGUCGAAUUCAAAGGUCCAGCAUUCCGUUGUAAUUUUUUUCUUUAUCCCUAGCAGAUGUAUUGAUUGUACUUUCCUUAAUGGUUUUAAAACGGGAGAAUGUUCUCUGUGUAAAGGAGUUACCCAUCUUCCUGAGUCAAUCCCAUGUGUAACUGAUACUAAAUUUGUAUUUUAAAUGUACUCGUAAACCGACAAUGUUGUAGUAAAAUACUUUAUAGCA